AUGAAAUUAUUUUUGAUUUCUUCGAGGCCUCUGUUGACGCAAGAGGAGUUCAUGCAAUCAUGUAAAAUAGCUCAGGAGUUUUUAUGCCCAAACGGAGAAGGAGCAAAGUUACAGGCUGGAAUUUGCAAAAGAGCGGAGGAAAAAACUAAUUGGCUGACUGAAUGGUGGUUGAACGCGGCCUAUUUGGAAAAUAGGGCUGCUCUUCCUAUCAAUUCGAGUCCGUGUAUGAGGAAAACUUCCACAGGAAAAAUGUUCUUUAGGAUGCCAGUAUUCGAUAAAUGUGGUAUUGACAUGUUGAACGAGGAUCAAAUCACCUGCCAAUUAAACUUGAUAAUGCAAAUGGAUACUCCGGGGGAUCCCGUGGGCAUAUUAACUACAGACAAUCGUGAUAAUUGGGGCAGAGGGUUUGAAGUACUCAUGAAAGAGGAUCACAACAAGAAAGUAUUUGAAAUAAUCGAAACAUCUUUAUUCAUCAUGUGUAUCGAUGGACCCAUGCCUAAAGGGGAUUCACUUAACCAGCGGUCAAUUGCUGCAAAGCAAUUAUUGCAUGGUGGUGGAAGCAAAUACAAUUCUGGAAAUAGAUGGAUGGAUAAAACCAUACAGUUUGUAGUUGGAGAAGAGGGUCAAAAUGAAAACGUCAAAGCAAAACCAUGCUGCCAUUAUGACAAAGCAUGUCAUAUAGUAUUCAGUAUCGGAUCGGAUGUUCAAGCUUUAAUAUCAACGGCCAAAACAAAUUUAGAUUGUGCAGUACAAGGUAUUCAAGUUCAUGGUUGCCAGUUCAAGCAGUUUGGAACCGAUUUUAUUAAAAAAAAUAAUCUCAGCCCAGACGCUUUUGUACAGUCGGCAUUCCAAUUGGCAUUUUACAGAAUACACAAUAAGCCUGGAGCUACUUAUGAAUCUGCAGCGCUACGGAUUUUCGAAGAUGCUCGCACAGAGAAUAUCAGAGGAUGUUCAGCGGAGUCAGUAAAAAUGGCCAGAACUUUGCUCAAUAGACGCUCGUGCUAG